AUCAUGCCUGUUGCAAAGUCGAAGCAGAGGAGCACCCUCUUCGUCUUCGUCUACUUGGCCUCUUCGGCGGCGCUCGCGGUGCUGCUCUCCGCGUCCUGGCAAUGGGCAUCCGCCCGGCCCGCCCGCAUGCGCCUGUUCAUGCACGACGUGCUCACCGGCCCGGGCGCCACGGCGGUCGAGGUCGUGAACGGCACGGGGCCGUCGCUGUUCGGGGGCGAGCCGCCGCUGCUGUUCGGGCACGUGGUGGUGAUCGACGACGCGCUCACGGAGGGGCCGGACCCGGCGUCGAGGCCCGUGGGGCGCGCGCAGGGGAUGUACGUCUUCGCGUCCAUGCACGACCCGGCGUUGCUCUUGUGCAUGAAUGUUGUGCUCACGGCGGGGCCGUACUCCGGGAGCACCUUCACCGUCGUCGGCCGCGACAACAUCGUCGAGCCACUGCGGGAGCUGUCGGUGGUGGGCGGCACGGGGAGGUUCCGGAUGGCGACGGGGUACGUGCUCUGGAGAACGGCGAGCUGGCAGCUACGUAAGAACGCCGUCCUCGACCUGGACAUCUUUAUCCACGUCCACGCCUACGCCCGUGCAUGAUGGACGCCAUCGGUCGCCUUAGACGCAUCGCAUAUGCAUCCUAUUUAUGGCAUUUUCGUUUUUUUGCGGUUGUUUUCGUUUUCUUUUUCACACAUUAGUUUUAUUUCAAAUCAGUCAAAUAUAUAUUAAAAAUAAAAAGAAGUGGACGGAAUACUACCACUGAAACUUCAUA